AUGGAUUCGGAAAGUCUUUUCAAUGUCAAGGGCAAAGUGGUUCUGGUCACCGGCGGAGCCAAGGGAAUCGGCCGCAUGAUCUCCGAGGGCUAUGUGGUGAAUGGCGCUACUGUCUAUAUCUCGUCGCGCGAUGCAAAGGCAUGCGAGCAGGCAGUCAGCGAGCUCAAUGCGCUCGGCAAGGGCACGGCGCAUGCCAUCCCGGCCGACUUCUACAAGUAUGACGACGUGAAGAGGUUGGCGGAGGAACUGGGGAAGCGGGAAAGCAAACUCCACGUCCUGGUCAACAACUCCGGCUCAAACUGGGGCGCUCCCUAUGACGAGUAUCCCACCGCGGCCUUUACCCGUGUCCUCACCCUCAACCUGCACCGGGUCUUCGACCUGACCCAGCUUGUUACACCGCUCCUGGAGAAGGCGGCUGCCCCGGACGACCCCAGUCGCAUCAUCAACAUCGGCAGCGUCGAUGGACUGCGGGUCCCCUCGCUUGAGACCUUUGCAUACAGCUCCAGCAAGGCUGGUCUGCACCACCUCAGCCGGGUACUGGCAAACCACCUAGGCAAGCGAAACAUUACUUCAAACACCUUGGCCUGUGGUCCAUUCGAGAGCAAGAUGAUGGCCGCUACGCUCAAGUCUUUCGGGGAGGCUAUCAAGGCUGGCGUGCCUAUGGGACGCAUUGGAACCCCGCAGGACGUGGCUGGGGCUUGCUUGUUCCUGAGCAGCCGGGCUGGUGCGUAUGUGAAUGGUUCGACUAUUGCCGUGGACGGUGGCGCCGCCAUUGCGGCCAAGAUCUAA